CUCGAGUACUUAUCUCAGACCACGUAUACCUAGUUAAGAAAGAAUAUCAACAUGCAAUCUGUCGUCGACGCAGCUACUUCCGCAGCCAACAUCGCAACUACUCAUGCUCAGAAUAUAGCUUCUGCAGCAGUCAAUGCUGUCGGCUAUGGAACAGAACAAGUCUCAAACGAACAUGAACAUGAUCAUGAUCAUCGAGUGGACCUACCACCCGACGCACAAGUCAGCGAUAUAAUCAAAAUGGACUCUGAUGGUUUAUCAGUUUUUGAAGAUGAAGAAGUUAGACAUGAGAUUUUGGUCAAACUUAAUAAACUUGCCGUCGAAGAUGUCCGACAUGGACUUAAAGAGGUCGCUGCUCUUGAUCUUGUAGUGGAAGGUGGAGUGAACAAAGGUAUUUCGUAUUACCACCCGAAACGUUUCUUCAAAGUUCAUCGUCCUAUGGGAAUUGAUUAUAUCGGUGAGAUUGAGAUAGAGGCAGGAAAGAGCAUUCAUGUCCGAUGCCACAAAGCUGGUGCUGGUGGAAAGACAACAUUCCAUUCUAUCGACACCCGUCCCGGCGAGGAACACGGUGCAGUCUUCGUCACUGGAGAACCUAUCAAAUGGUUCGAAUAUUAAGUUAACACUACUCGUACUGCAAAUUAUGACGAUCGACGAUUAGUCCGAACAUGAAUUGACCAGAAUGAGAAAUGGAGGAAUAUGAAAUGAUGUACAUUGAGGAAUUAUGAUCUGAUGCAAUCUGUGUUUGUCC